AUGUCCGCGGGGAGCGCGACACAUCCUGGAGCCGGCGGGCGUCGCAGCAAAUGGGACCAGCCAGCUCCAGCCCCAGCCCCGCUCCUCUUCCUCCCGCCGACGGUCCCAGGUGGGGAGGUGGCCAGCAGCGGGGCGAGUCCUGGGGGCACCACAGCUGCUCCCUCUGGAGCCUUAGAUGCUGCUGCCGCUGUGGCUGCCAAGAUCAAUGCCAUGCUCAUGGCCAAAGGGAAGCUGAAACCAACUCAGAAUGCUGCUGAGAAGCUUCAGGCCCCUGGAAAAGGCUUAACGAGCAGUAAAAGCAAGGACGACCUGGUGGUAGCUGAAGUAGAAAUCAAUGAUGUGCCUCUCACAUGUAGGAACUUGCUGACUCGAGGACAAACUCAAGAUGAGAUCAGCCGACUUAGUGGAGCUGCAGUGUCAACUCGAGGGAGGUUCAUGACCACUGAGGAGAAGGCCAAAGUAGGACCAGGGGAUCGUCCAUUAUAUCUUCAUGUUCAGGGCCAAACACGGGAAUUAGUGGACAGAGCUGUAAACCGAAUCAAAGAAAUUAUUACCAAUGGGGUGGUGAAAGCUGCCACGGGGACAAGUCCAACCUUUAAUGGUGCAACGGUCACUGUCUAUCACCAACCAGCGCCCAUUACGCAGCUGUCUCCGGCUGUUAGCCAGAAGCCUCCCUUCCAGUCAGGGAUGCAUUAUGUUCAAGAUAAAUUAUUUGUGGGUCUGGAACAUGCUGUGCCCACUUUCAAUGUCAAAGAGAAAGUGGAAGGUCCAGGCUGCUCCUAUUUGCAGCACAUUCAGAUUGAAACAGGUGCCAAAGUCUUUCUUCGAGGCAAGGGUUCAGGGUGCAUUGAGCCAGCAUCUGGCCGAGAAGCUUUUGAACCUAUGUAUAUAUACAUCAGUCAUCCCAAACCAGAAGGCCUUGCUGCUGCCAAGAAGCUCUGUGAGAAUCUCUUGCAAACAGUUCAUGCCGAAUACUCUAGAUUUGUGAAUCAGAUUAAUACUGCUGUACCUUUACCAGGCUAUACACAACCCUCUGCUAUAAGUAGUGUCCCUCCUCAACCACCAUAUUAUCCAUCCAAUGGCUAUCAGUCUGGUUACCCUGUUGUUCCCCCUCCUCAGCAGCCAAUUCAGCCUCCCUAUGGCGUUCCAAGCAUAGUGCCACCAGCUGUUUCAUUGGCACCUGGAGUCUUGCCACCAUUACCUACUGGAGUUCCACCUGUGCCUACACAAUACCCGAUAACACAAGUGCAGCCUCCAGCUAGCACUGGACAGAGUCCGAUAAGUGGGCCUUUUAUUCCUGCUACUCCUGUCAAACCUGCCUUGCCUGCCGGCCCCCCGCCCCCACCCCCACCCCAGCCCCAGCCUCAGGCCCCACUCCCAACUCAAACCCAGGCACAGAAGAGGAGGUUCACGGAGGAGCUACCCGAUGAACGAGAAUCUGGACUUCUUGGAUACCAGCAUGGACCCAUUCAUAUGACUAAUUUAGGUACAGGCUUCUCCAGUCAGAAUGAGGUUGAAGGUGCAGGAUCGAAGGCGGCAAGUUCCUCAGGCAAAGAGCGAGAGAGGGACAGGCAGUUGAUGCCUCCACCAGCCUUUCCGGUGACUGGAAUAAAAACAGAGUCUGAUGACAGGAAUGGGUCUGGGACCUUAACAGGGAGCCAUGAUUAUCCAGUCAAGAAGAUGAAAACUACAGAGAAGGGAUUUGGCUUGGUGGCUUAUGCUGCAGAUUCAUCUGACGAAGAGGAGGAACAUGGAGGUCAUAAAAAUGCAAGUAGUUUUCCACAGGGCUGGAGUUUGGGAUAUCAGUACCCUUCAUCACAGCCGCGAGCUAAACAACAGAUGCCGUUCUGGAUGGCCCCGUAG